AUGUUCAUUCCUGCUACAUCUCAAAUAAACCGUCCUCUUUUAUUAAUUGUUGAUGGAUACACGGCUCAUGCUACUAUCAAUGUGAUACAAUUAUUGAACGAAAAUCAAAUUAUUUGCUUAAUACUUUCACCACAUUCAACACACGCCUUACAACCUCUUGAUGUCGUUCUUUUUAAUAAUCUUAAAACUGAUUGGUGUCAUAUAAUCGAAAAUUAUAUGAAGGGUGGUAAUAAAUCAAUUAAGAAAGCUCAUAUUCCUGAACUUAUCAAAAAGUUGUUUAUUGAUAAACAGUCAUUUUCAACUACACGUAUACUUUCUUCAUUUUCACGAUCUGGUGAGUUUACUCAA